AUGGCAACCAAGGAAAAAAAGAUUUUGCAGCAGCUAACGCGUACUUACAACGAUCGAGUGAGUACGAUACAUGGUUUCGUUAAUUUCAUCACAAAUUACGAUGAAUUAGUGCAUAGUGUAGAAAUAGAGACACGGUUACAAGAUUUAGAAGAUGCAAAGUUGGCUUUUGAAGUGGCUCGAGAUAAGCUUCUGGUCGAGAAUGACGAUUGUGAUACGGAGCAAUUGCGAAUUGAUCGUGAGUUAUUCUACCAGCAGUACUACCAAGUGAAGGGUUUUUUGAACAACAAAAUGGCCGAAGAGAAUAUUACACGUCUGGACACGAGUGUCCGAUUCGGUGGGAACAGUACCUUGUCGCAAACUUUACACGGAGCGUCGCGACUCCAGUAUUUGUUAGCGUCACUGAAGGGGGAAGCAGCGCAGCAGUUUGACCAUGUGCAGUUGAUCGACGGCAAUUAUGCCAGCACAUGGAAGGCCCUAACGGAUCGCUAUGAUAAUUCCAAGGUGACCAGGCGAGAGUACUUCAAGGCGUUAGUGCACCUGGAGCCGAUGACGUCGGAUAGCGUAUCAGAGCUUACGCGUGUUGUUAACGAGAUCAAGCGUCUGGUUAGAGGAAUGGAACGUCUUAAGGAACCAAUCACUCACUGGGAUACACCACUGGUCGCAUUGACCAUGCUGAAGCUGGAUAAGCAGCAGUUGCUGGAGUGGGAGAGGGCGUCAGCCGAUGCGACGGAAGACAAGUACAAGAUGAUGAUAGAAUUCCUCGAGAAGCAGACGAAGAUGUUCACCAACGUUUCGAGUCAUAGUAUCAGAGUUAUCACCACGAAAUCGUCUUCCAGAAAACCAUCGGAAUCACAGCUGAACAGUAAUAGCCACGGUAUCCAUCAAGAAGGUCGAUUGACAAGGGGCAAGGAGCAAGUCACCAUGAUCAAUGCCAUGGCCCGAGGUGAUACCAAGAAAAGUAUGGUGUGGCUGUCUACAGUGCAAGUACUAAUUAGUAACUCCUGGGGAGUAGAAGUUCCUGUAAGAGCACUGCUCGACCAAGGUUCGCAGUGUAACUUCAUCUCGGAAGCAGUGGCGCAACAGUUAAGGCUGAAGAAAAGGCGGGUGCAGAGACCACUUUCUGGUGUUGGAGCGGCAGUGUUCAACGUGGAAACCUUGGUGUCGGUAGACGUUAAAUCUCGUAACUCAUCGUAUGCAGCGUGUUUGGAGCGUUUGGUGCUUCCGAAGGUUACGGCGAGAUUCCAAGCGCAAUACAUCGAUAUCAAAGGGUGGAAAAUUCCAGAAGACUUGCCGCUAGCAGACCCAGGGUUCAACCAGCCAGAGAAGAUAGACCUACUGAUUGGUGCAGAAAUAUUCGGAGAGUUGUUACAACAAGGACAACUAAGAUUGGCACCACACCUACCCAUGCUUUUAGAAACGAAACUUGGUUGGAUAAUUAGUGGACGUGAAGUAUGUAAGGGUUCCAUCGAGUCUUCGGUUACACUAGCUAAUUGCGUAUUAUCGGAAGAAAAUCUAAAUGCGGCCAUGGAACAACUAGUAAUGCUCGAAAACAUACCGGAGGAAAGAGUUCAGUCCAGCGAAGAGGAAGCUAUGGAACAGUGGUAUCUACACACGACAACACGAGAGAAAACUGGACGUUAUGUAGUCGAACUACCCAAGAUACCUCAGUACAAGGAAAGGCUAGGUGAUUCCAUGCAAGGUGCCGUAAAACGAUUUGCAUCAAUAGAAAGGCGUUUGGCACGAGACAACAGACUCAAGGAGCAAUAUAGCGAGUUCAUGGAAGAAUACCUUCGACUGGGUCACAUGACCGAAGUUUCAUCUGCUGAGAAGGAGCUUAUGGAGGGAAGUCGUUAUUAUUUAACUCGUCAUGCGGUGUUGAAACAAGCGAGCACAACUACAAAGUGCCGCAUGGUAUUUGAUGCCUCGCAUAAGACCAGCACGGGAACAUCAUUGAAUGACAUCCUUCUUAACGGUCCGCAGCUACAAGAUGAUAUUGUAUCAAUUCUUCUUCGUUUUAGGAUGAGAAGAAUAGGGGUUGUUGCCGAUGUGGAAAAAAUGUACAGGCAGGUUCUAGUGUCACCGGCAGACAGAAAUCUACAAUGCAUCCUCUGGCGCAAAGAAUGGUCGGAAAACGUCUCAACUUUCCAAUUGAACACCAUAACGUACGGAACGGCCUGCGCUCCUUAUUUGGCCAUUCGAACAUUGCGGAAAAUAUUCGAAGAUCACGAAGAAAGCCAUCCGAAGGCUAUGUGUUGGUACAACGACUUUUACGUCGACGAUCUUCUUAGUGGUGCUGAUACAGAAGAAGAAGUUCAACAGAUUCGGAGUCAGCUGGUUGAGAUGCUUGGUAGCGCUGGCUUCAGAAUUCGAAAAUGGGCUUCGAAUGCGGCAAAUGCCUUGAAAGAUGUUCCGAAAGAAGACCUAGCUGUGAGCGAAGAAGUGAAUAUUGAAGGAGCAGGUGUUGGCACGUUAGGACUGGUGUGGAAGCCAAACUUCGAUGUCUUCAGCAUUCGGGUACCGGUUAUAGAUACAUCCAAGCCGAUUACGAAACGGAACGUGCUGAGCAACCUGGCCAAGAUGUAUGAUCCUCUUGGAUUUUUAGAUCCGAUCAAGAUGAAAGGGAAACUACUGAUGCAAACCCUAUGGACACUGAAGGAGCCUAAUGGAAGAACGUGGUCGUGGGAUGCAGAACUACCAGAGAAGAUCCAAUCAGAGUACAGUGUAUUCUCUGGCAAGUUGAACCUGUUGGAUGGCAUUGUCGUUCCACGGUACCCGAAGUUGGGCACCAAUUGGCAAUAUCACAUUUUUUGUGAUGCUUCCGAGCGAGGCUACGGUGCGUGUGUCUACAUUCGAAGCGGCUCAGUUACGAAAGGAUUCAAUAUCAGUUUGAUCAUAUCAAAGUCGAAGGUGGCACCGUUAUCGAAAAAACUGGUGAUCGCGAGGUUGGAGUUGUGCGGAGCACUUUUGGCGAGUCGGUUGUAUCAGUUCAUUCGUAAUGCACAGCUGCAAGAAGCACCAUGUUUCAUCUGGACGGAUUCGAUGACCACUUGGCACUGGAUAAAUGGGUCCCCGCAUACCUGGAAGACGUUUGUGGCCAAUAGAGUAGCUAAGAUCCAGACCCUGACAAAGCAUUGCGUUUGGCGACAUGUGCCUGGGUUGCAGAAUCCAGCUGACCUCGUGUCACGAGGUUGUGAUCCAGAUGAUUUCUGCAAGAACUCGCUGUGGUGGUCGGGGCCAGAAUGGUUGGCACUAAAUGAAGAAAAUUGGCCGGACCCACCUGAGACAGGAGCAUCACCGGAGAUAGUGACAAUAGCGAUUGAAGAGGAGCGAGCUGCAGCCAGUGCAUUCACUGAGUCGUCAGAAAAGAAGAAAAUGUUUAGUGAACAUUUGUUCAAGCGAAUAUCGUCGUACACUACUCUAUGUCGAGUUGUAGCAUAUUGUAUGAGAUUUGGGACGGCGAUGAAAUCGAAACGAAAGCAGCUUUCUACGAGUCUGUCAACGGAGGAGAUAUUAAAUGCUGAAAUUCGCAUAAGUCGGUUGGCUCAAGUGGAAGUAUUUUCGGAAGAGAUAAAGCAGUUGCGAAAGGGUGAUCGAGUACCUGGAAAGUCACCAUUAUCAACGCUUGCCACUUAUCUGGACGACCAUGGUUUAGUACGAGUGAAGGGGAGGCUGGAUAAUUCAUCAUUGAGCGACUGGACGAAACAUCCGAUAGUUAUCCCGAAGACGCAUCAGCUAUCAGAACUAAUUCGGUACAAGAGUGGAGCAGCUCGAGUCGUAUCACCUGGCGAUUUAUUCCUCCUCGUGCUCCGCAUUUCGGUGGACUGUGGGAAGCAGCGGUACGUUCAAUAA